UUUGUUCCGGGCGGGAGGUGUGGCCGCCCCCGAGCUCCUCCGCUGCGCUCUCCGGGCGCUGGGCGAGCGCCGGGACGUCUCUGCUUGGCCUUUUGCCCCCUUCGCGAGCUCCCGGCUUAGCGGUGUGCGAUCGAGAAAUCGGCCACGGCCGAGACCCCGCUGGGGAGGGCCUGCUUGCCACCCGAGACCCUUUCAUGGUAAUCACUUUGGGGUUCCGUGGCUGCAUCGAGAGGAGCUGGCGGGGAGGUGAGAGGAUGAAAAAUCAACAGGAGGACUUUACUUCUUGAUAUCUUCCCACUCACUUUGUAGUUUUCAUUCAUGUGGCCACUAGUAUUUUUUAAAAAAAACUUUGAAAACCACCUCUUUCACCAGCAAACACAUUUUAGCACUGGCCCAGCAUCAUUAUCCAUACUAGGUCUGACUUACCAGAACCAUGGCAACCAGCGCUGUCCCCAGUGAUAACCUCCCCACCUACAAGCUGGUGGUGGUGGGCGAUGGGGGUGUGGGGAAGAGUGCUCUCACCAUCCAGUUUUUCCAGAAGAUCUUUGUGCCUGACUACGACCCCACCAUUGAAGACUCCUACCUGAAGCAUACAGAGAUUGACAAUCAGUGGGCCAUCUUGGAUGUGCUGGACACAGCUGGGCAGGAGGAGUUCAGCGCCAUGCGGGAGCAGUACAUGCGCACAGGGGAUGGCUUCCUCAUUGUCUACUCCGUCACUGACAAGGCCAGCUUCGAGCACGUGGACCGCUUCCACCAGCUCAUCCUGCGCGUCAAGGACAGGGAGUCAUUCCCGAUGAUCCUUGUGGCCAACAAGGUUGAUUUGAUGCACCUGAGAAAAAUCACCAGGGAACAAGGAAAAGAAAUGGCGGCCAAACACAAUAUUCCUUACAUAGAAACCAGUGCCAAGGACCCGCCUCUCAAUGUGGACAAAGCCUUCCAUGACCUCGUUAGAGUAAUUAGGCAACAGAUUCCCGAAAAAAGCCAGAAGAAGAAGAAGAAAACCAAAUGGCGAGGAGACCGUGCCACUGGCACCCACAAACUGCAGUGUGUGAUAUUGUGACAGCCGAGGCCCCAGUUCAGUGACCAGGACCAGCCCUCAGAACUCUCCACUACCUAACUGCACUGAAAACCAUUUCUAACCACGACCCUAGGCCGGAGGACUUGGCACAAGAAGGGAGAGAGGGAGGUGGGCCGGAAGCAGACAGAGUCUGGCUUUGUAGGAGGGCCCUGGCUUUUCCAUCUCCUAAGAGAGACAAGGAAGCCACCGGUAAACAAGCAGUAUCCAGGCUCCUUGAGUGCUGAUUCAGCCCAGUUCCCCCUCUCGGUGGGUAUGUUGUGUCUUUUAACUACAUAGCGUUGGUUUGAUGUGGAGGUGUUUAUCCACAUUCAGAGUACCAAACAAGCCACGAACAAGCUUCCUCCCCUUGACCCCUAUCUACAGGAUCUGAGCUCAGAUGUCUUUUGUAGAUUUUUAAAUUAUUUUAGUGAUGAUUAUUUUAUUAAGGGGUCUGUGCCCACCGCCUGGUGGAGUCCUCAGAUCUUCAGCAGACCUCUUUGAUAACAUGUCUGGAAUCAAUGUUGCUAUCUUUUUAACUGAGUUUUCCAGCAGUGCCAAACUCACAACCCAAUACAGAAGUAGAGUGACUGAGAGAACAGAAGUUGGGAGGCUAACUAGUGUAGCUGGGAGACUUUGGGCUGUGGGUCAGAUGUGGGAGAGAAACAGACCCUACUGGUGGCCCAAAAACUGGAGAGAAGAGGGCAUUGCUAUGGUUGAGGAUGCAGAUAUUAGAAAACAGAAUUUUAGUUUGCUGAGGUGAGUGGCUGACAUGAGUAUGUCAGUUCUGAAAGGAGCUUUCAUUACCCUUAAAUGUACAAAUUAAGGUAAGCAGGUGGGCUUUUCAAAAUGUUCCUUUAUGUCUCAGACAGUCUGUUCAGUUCUGUAGCUCCCCAGAUGUGUAAGAGUUCCUGGUUUCUCAGCUCUGCCCCUUCCUGCUUCACCACUUCACCUGUGCUGCCUGGUGCUUCUCCUAUUAAACACGUGACUCAUCAGAGGAAGCCAACACGGACACUAUCCGGAAAGCUCUAGCUCAUGAUGAAUCUUAACCAGAAGGAUUUGAUGCUGUUAUCACCAAAAUACCACCGGAACUAAAAGCCAUUUCCCUUUGAGUCAACUGACCACCACCUCCAUGAGCCCAGUAAAUGAGCAAAGCCUUCUAGUAUUGCAGACUUGGUUGCCUUUUGGCACAUACUUUUAUUACCUCUUGGAUUUUGACAGUGAUAAGAUCCUGACAAUAAUAGCAGAGGAGAGCAAGGUUGUGCUAAUGAUGUUGCUCCCAUACACCUGUUUCUCUAAGGGACAGUCUCCUCCAACUGCCUGACAAUGUGCCUCCCUCUCUGGUGCUGCUGGUGGAAACGAAGACUGGAUUUUUCCAGCCAGGGUAGGGGCCUUUGGGCAGCAGGAAGAGUGCACCAAAGAGAAAAUUAGUAGACAUGGUGGCUAUGCUAGUGACCUUACUUUCCAGGUGUCCCUCUGUAAACUAGAACAUCCCCAGCAGAUGGCCCGGAUCCUCUUUGGAGAAAGAAACUUACAGAAGAAAGACACCCAUGGAAAGUGAGCCCCUGACAGGAUCCACAGACACCUAGAUUCUUCUCCCGUUUAGAGAGUAUUCUGGGCUCCUAACCCUGAUGAUCAUCAGCCUGGAGGGCCCAGCUGAGGAGUGAUUCUGCUACAAAAGGCAACAGUGCAGACUUCUGUGAGUCAGACUUUCUACUUGUCAAAAUAGCCUUUUUUUUUUUUUCUGUUCUUAAAAGGAAGGAUAAGACAGAACAUUUCAGACAAGGCACUUCAGAAGUUUCCCAAUACCUAUAAGAAAUAUUAACAAGUAUUUUAAACACUAGAAGGACAAGGCUUUUCCCAGGCCUUAGGGUCCUCUGAGCCAGGACCAUAGCAGGCACAUGUGCAGUUUGAUGGCCGCUGAAGACUGGAAACGAGGGGGCGUAGGCAGGAAAGUGUGAGGACCAGGAUACUAUGCACAGCAAAGAAGGCAGCAGCCACUGCCGGGAAACUCCCACCAGGCGCCACCCACCACCAGCACACCCCUGCCCGGAGUGGACACAGCCGCCUCCCGCUCACUCCAGUACCACUGCAUGGGGAAGUCUUGUUGGAAGCAGAUCAGUUGACCUAGAAUGAAGCCCUGAGCCAUAAAGGUAACCAGAAAAGGGUUGUGCCACUCCUCGUCUCCCUCACCCCCUGUCAGAAAAGCUGGCCUCAUCUUCCAGGGCAUCUUUUCCUAAACUCAGCCCGCAGCUUAACUCCAGGGUGCCUGAGGGAGAGACUGUAAGGGCUGGUCUUCUGCAGCCUCUCAAUGGGGCUGUUAAACUUUCCUCUCUUAUGACUUCAUUUUCCUCCUAGGUAAAAUGUGUAGAUAACACCCCAUUUUUAGAAAUGGACCCUUGUGACAGAGGGGUUUCCAGACAGGCUGGAGUAGUGUACCCAGGGAUGUCCGUCACCUGGCAGGGCCAGUCUGGGAAACCUGGUUGGCCGUGCUGCUCCAUGACAGGAGAGUCCACUGCGACUUGCGCCUGUGCUGUCAUCCACUUGUUACCACUGGUUUUACAGAGAAUAGCAACCUUCACAUCCCCUGAACACGCGUCCUGAAAUCUCACCCCAUGCUUUUGCCAUUGUGUGUCUCAGAUGUACUCCCAUUGUCCUGACACCUUCCUUAAAGGGCUCCUUUUCUCUGCAGAGGUAAUCCUAGCCAUCCUUAACCCCACAGACUGUGUGGGGCUAUGCUCAGUACCCAUGCCCUGUGUCGCACAGAGGACAUCUGGAUAUUUCUCUUGGGACUUUGCCACCACCUCAUGGUACCUGCUCUGGAGAGUACAUGGCCAGGUGUGGCCUGUCUCACUUUGCCAAGAGAUGUGGCCCACUAACACGUGGGAACCCUUAACCCAAAGCCCCCUAAGUUGUGUUAUAAUAAGUGCAGAGCCACAGAUAUGUCCUCUCCACUAGCAGCUCAUUGGGUUGGAAAUUCCAUGUGGGGUUUACUUAGAAUGAAAGAUACUUGAAUUAUUGAGCGCCUUUGAGCGCUCAGCUUGUUACACAGUGUUACCAGGUGGCCAUUGUCGUGAAACGAGAGUGAUGCCUGAACAUCUCGAUGAUGCUUGAGCCUUUUAUGUAACUUUUUAUUAAGUCUUUGUGUAUCAUGACUCAUUAAUAAAGAAAUAAAGAGAAA